AUGAAUCCCGAGGAGCAGGCUGUUACGUGGCUAAUAACAUUAGGCGUGCUUAAUUCACCCAAAAAGAAUAUCGCUGAUCCGGAGGAAUUUCUGAAAACAUCUCUCAGAGAUGGGGUCGUCCUGUGUAAGCUUAUGGAGCGAGUGCUACCUGGAGCCAUCUUAAAGUAUUCAACUGAACCCAGAUGCGAAGCGGACUGCAUUGCAAACAUUCGAGAGUUUCUAAAAGGAUGCCAGUCUCUAAAGGUUGAGGGCUUUGAUCCAGAAAGUUUAUAUACCGGCGAGAACUUCAGCAAGGUUCUGUCGACACUCUCAGCAGUGAACAUCGCCACUCAAGAUACCCCUAAAAGAUCAUGUUCCCAGUCCAGUGGCUCUGCUCCUAGCCUGUCAGCCCCUUCACAAGCUGUUCCCAACCUAAAGUCCAGCAGGUCUUUACGGAGACAGUCAAAAGCUUUGGAAAUGUCAGAGAAUGGAGGUGGCGGGCAGCUGGUGGUCAAGGCACGCUUUAAUUUCAAGCAGAACAAUGAGGACGAGCUGUCUUUCAACAAGGGCGAGCUGAUCCAUGUCACACGCCAGGAGGACGGUGGAUGGUGGGAGGGAACCCUUAACGGCAAAACCGGCUGGUUCCCUAGCAAUUACGUCCGGGAGGUCAAGCCAUGUGAGAAGCCGAUUUCUCCGAAAGCGGUAAAAGGACCUGACGUUCCUCAGUUGACUAAAAAUUAUUACAGUGUGGUGGUGCAAGACAUCUUGGAGCAUGAGAGAGAGUUUGUUAAGGAACUGCAGACGGUUCUGGGCUGCUACCUGCGCCCUCUGCAGACCAGCGACAAGCUGUCUAGUGCGGACUGCUCCAGUCUGAACGGGAAUUUAGAGGACAUCCUCUCGUUCCAACAGGGACUGUGUCUUGCCUUAGAGGAGUGCUCCAAGAUGCCAGAGGGCCAGCAGCGGAUUGGCGGCUGUUACCUGAACCUGUUGUGUCAGAUCAGAACACUGUACUUGUCCUACUGCUCCAGCCAUCCGUCUGCAGUCUGUGUGCUGACCGAUCACAGUGAGGAGCUGGACAAGUUCAUGGAGAGUCAGGGCGCCAGUGCUCCAGGUAUCCUGACCCUCACCACCAGCCUGAGCAGACCCUUCAUGAGGCUCGACAAAUACCCCAUCCUGCUGCAGGAGCUUGAGCGACAUGUGGAGGACGCGCAUCCAGAUUACAGUGACAUUCUCAAAGCGACUGUUGCUUUUAAAAACCUUGUGACUCAGUGUCAAGAUCUGCGUAAAAGAAAGAACCUGGAGUUGCAGAUCUUGUCGGAGCCGGUGCGGGGCUGGGAGGGCGACAGCAUGAAGUCACUGGGUCAGGUGGUCUACAUGUCACAGGUCCAUAUGCAGAGCAGCUCAAAUGAGGAAAAGGAAGAGCGAUACUUCAUGCUGUUUCCUAAUGUGGUAGUCAUGCUGUCUGCCAGCCCCAGAAUGAGUGGCUUCAUUUACCAGGGACGUCUUCCACUGACUGGAACCACUGUAACCAGACAGCCAGAGGAUGCAGAGACAGGCCAUUAUGCUUUUGAGAUCACAGGAGGGACAAUAGAUCGCACCAUGGUGUUCUGCAGUAGUGCACAGGAGCAGCUGGAGUGGUUAGAGCAUCUUCAUGCUUACAGCAAGGAAGGAAGUCCAGUCGGAACAAUAUUGAAGAGUGUUGAGGGUAAACCUACAGCCAUGGCUGGCACGUCGUCCCACCACUUGCACAGUUUCGGUUCUGGUGUGGCUAACCGAGGACCUUUCGAACCCCCUAAACUCACCAAGCCAUGGUCCUUAAGCUGUCUCAGACCAGCGCCGCCCCUCAAGCCCUCCGCUGCGCUAGGUUAUAAAGAGAGGAUGUCUUAUAUCCUGAAGGACACUAGUAAAAGCCCAAAACCCAGAGCCAAGUUCCUCCCAAAGAGAAAAACGGAGAGAAAACAAUCAGACGAUGAGAUCAUGCUCAGAAAAAGCACAGCAGCUCUGGAGGAGGAUGCACAGAUACUCAAAGUGAUUGAGGCCUACUGCACUGGAGCCAGUCUCCUCCAGUCCACCACAGCUGUUCGUAAGGAGUGCAUCCCCCAGGUCCUGCUGCCAGAUGAAGAGAAGAUUAUUGUUGAGGAGAUCAAGAGCAAUGGCCAGACCAUCAUUGAGGAAAAAAGUCUUGUUGAUGCUGUUUAUGCUCUAAAAGAUGAAGUCCAUGAAUUAAAAAAGGAGAAUAAAUGGAUGAAGCAAUGUCUGGAAGAGGAACAGAAGUCCCGUAAGGAGCUAGAGCGUAUAGUCAGAAAGUUGGCCAAGCAAAAGAAUGACACUUCCUGGGAUGAAGGAGGUCACUAAAGAACACUCUGGACACUCGCCUGUUUCCCUUCGCCAGCCGCAUGUAUGUGUUUCCGCGUCUGUGUGUCCUCACCAGUGUGUUUUUAUGUGUUUUCUCCAUCACAUUACACACUGAACGUUGCUUUUGAAAAGUCACCGUGCUGGGGAUUUUCAGCCAUUUCUCGUCAGAUGUUUUUUAAGGACAAGAGGCGAUAAGAAGAUCAACUCUGUGAUUAGUGACUGUGUUUAUCUUGCCAUACUGAAGAAUAUCACUGUGCGGUUUGCUUCACACUCCUGUGAUGUGACAUUCUAGAACAACCGGCAACUGUUCCGGAAAACCAAGUGAACUGCAUCUUAAGUAUUUUGUGAUUUGGAAAACUUCAGAUAACCGUUUAAGAGUCCAGUCCAUUUUUUGUUCCGGUUCCCUCCGCUCCAAUCCAACAAGAAUCAUCACAGAAAAGACGGUGGAAUCUCUCGGUUUUGAAAUGAACAAAUAUCUGCCUCACUUUAUGACUGUUACUGGUCACGGACAAAAGAAAUCCGAUGACAUUCAGCCCAUGAACAGCAUUCCGACUCAAGCCGCUAUUGCACAAGUGAAAAUAUUCUGUUUAUGGCAUAAGAGAAGAUACUUGUCAUAGGAUUCCAACAAGUAUUGCUCUUUUUAGACCUAUUUCUGCUUUUAUAAUGUGAAAACUGUUGCUUUUAGGUAACAAAUGAACAAGAUUGAGAUUUGUGGUUUGCACCUGAUUGAAACGAGAUGCCCUACUUCUUGAAAUGAGUUUAGUUUUUCCUUUUAGUUUGAAGGCUUUGAAUUAAAUGCCUGUAAUGCGUCAUUGGACUGUAGGUUUAGAUUCAGUUUAUUCCAAAUAUGUGUUACCCGGACAGUCGCUCGCAUCAGUAUGGGUACACAGUAUUUCCAAAACAGCCAUUAUAAUACUACAUAAUCACGCUUUUGAUAAUCAUCACUAGUUUGAAGCUGUCAGGGAUAUCGUUGUCAGAAAUAGUUAGGUUUAUGAUACUAUACUAAUAGGAUACAUCAUAUAAUGUAUGUAUGUCAUAUAUACAGUAUAAAUAUGUAUAUAUCAGAUAUUAUGGAGAAAGGAAUCUUUUUUUAAUGAUAACAAAAAUACAGUAGGAACUUCAUCCUCCUUUUUCAGAGGCUUGAAACUAUUUCAUAUGCUUCUUAAACCAAAAACAAUGCAGUAUGUUUGCGGAUUUGGUGCUAGGAGCCCUUUUAGGACUCAAAAACCAAGUGUGCGUAGAAGCAUACGGUACUUAAGGCACUGUUUGUUCCUCACUUACCAUAUCUUGGAGGCUCAUAUUAGAGUGACGAACAAAUGUGGUUAGAACGCAAACUGCUCCCCAUCAGCAAUAGACCUUAGGGUUACAGCAUAUUUAAUUUUUGACUGGAAUGAAAUGGAGGCUGUGAUGGAUAGUGCAUUUAGUUAAUUGUGCUGUUGUUUAAUAGCAUGAGUUUAAAAAAGUAUGUGAUUCGGACAACUUUAAAGGUGAUUUUCUCAAUAUUUAAUUUUUUAUUUUAUUUUAUUUUUUGCACCCUCAGAUUCCAGAUUUUCAAAUAGUUGUAUCUCGGCCCUAUCCUUACAAACCACACAUCAACGGAAAGCUUAUGUAUUCAGCUUUCAGAUGAUGUUUACAUCUCAGAAGAGUUAAGCUUUAUGUAGUGGAUGCCAUGGUAAAGACGGUACAUCUAUCUCUCACAGACUUGUUUUCAUCCACAUUGAAUUGCAUAUGGCAUCUAAUCUGGUUUAUAGUGGAGGUGCA